AUUGUCAAAAAGUAAAUACGCGGCCACACUGAAACACACAACAGAAAAUAAAGCCUUUUCGCUUGUUUAAAAUAGAAUUUUAGCCCGUACAAGAUCUGUCUCGCGGCCAGAAUUAUGCAGUCUCGUAGCCUUGCAGUGCCGCGAGUCCAGAGAGCUUGAGCCUUGGACAAAUGACUCCUUUUUGCAGUGCCCAUUGCGCGGUUUUGCCAGAGUAGUAUACAACAUCCGAAAAUUUUCACCCGUUCUCGGGGACGCAUGAAAAAUGGCGGCGUCCUCAGCUGCAGCUGCGGCGCCCACCAAUCCGAUCCCGCUUCCGACGGAUUCGAUAUCGGAGGAGUGCAAGGACGACGACGCCCUCACCUCCACGCUGCACACAUGCGCCAACGAUCCGGACUUUGCGGUGAUUUGCGCCUUCCUGCAGAAAUUUGCCAAGGACCUGGGCCUCAGCCUGCCCAACUUCAGGCAUCUGCAGGAGUGGUUGACAAACAACAACGAAGUUCCUGAGCUAAAGGACUUGCACAUAAAGCUGCUCCGUAAGACCCGUAAGACGGUUCAUGAGAAGAGUUGGGAGUCAGCCCUCAGCAAAUUCUGCUUCGGUUAUUCGGUACAAGAUGCCUGGGAAAUCGAACGUUUCGGUUAUAAGAACUCCAGCUUGAAGGUCAAGCUGAGAAUAUUUCGGGAACUUCUCGAAAGUCAGUUCGAGCGCAACGCCAAGUUUCGGGCCCACAUCCUGACCUUGAAUGCAGAUACCUUGCGUUCGGAGCCAAUUGGAAGGGACCGGUUGGGACACGCCUACUGGCUGACCCAGGAUUCCGAAUGUAACCUGCGAAUCUACCAGGAGCAUCUAGACGAGGAAAUCUGGCAGGUGGUUGCCACGAACCGGGACGAGUUUGUAAAUCUCAUUGCAAGGCUGCGCGGAAAUGAGGUGGUACUUCCUUCGAAGGACAUCGGUGAGGCCGAUGAGGACACCAGUAGCAGCAACAGUUGUCCUCCAAAACCACCGCCCCCCGAAGAGAAAGAGGAUGAAGAAGAAAUGGUAGAUGGGCCCGUAAAAACUGUGCCCAAUCUAAAGAUUAAACUCCGCUCUCCCGAGCAAGAGGAUCAAAAGUCAAAAAGGGUUAAGCCACUGCUUAUUAAUCAGGCCAAGCUUUUAAGAAGCGCUUCCCCGGCCCCAACCAAAAAACGUUCCCUCGAGGACGUAGACAGCAGCCCCACAGCCGCCCAGGAGGAACAGCAGAAGAAGCACCGUCCCACACUGCUAGAUACCAAGCGAAUUAAAAAGCCAAGUCGCUACGAAAGCACCAAGGAUGAAAUCGAAGGAGAGUCCGGAGAAGAGGACGAGGAAGAAGAGGACGAGGAGGAUUCUGAAUUGGAUGAGGGUGAGGAAGAGGAAGAUAUCGAUAGCGCGGCGGCGGAUAUCGAGGAAGAAGACGAUGAGGAAGAUACUGGCGAGGCUAUAGAGGAUCCAACUAUCGUGGUGGAGGGCCAAGGAUCAGGACGAGACUGUGAGACCAUCCCUUAUAAUUUAAUGGACGAUAAUUUGUGCAAUUUCGAUUACGAAGAUGACUUGGAGGUCGGUGAAGCUAUCACAGAUCCAAUGCUCCAUGUCAUUGGUCAAGGGUGGGGGACCGACUGUCUCGUGGGAAAUGGUAAAAACGAAGCUUCCGUGAAGGAAACGCACACGUCGGAACCAAAGGCCACGUUUUUUUUUGGCGAGCCCGGAUGUCUCGAGCUAAGUCCCAUGAAGCAAACAUCAAAGUCGGAGGCAAAACGCAGCAUUUUCGACAGCUUGAGAGAGGAAAAAGCAAAUGGUGAAAGUCAAAAGUGCAUGGAGAACAUACUGCCGCGAAAUGGCAGCGAACUCAUUAAAACUGUGGGAGAUAGUGAGGACCAAGCAUCUGCAGCUGCAGCCGCAGAAGAGGCUAACAUAUGCCAAGAAGCUAAAGUAAAUAAAAUCUCAGAUGAUCAAAUGAAAGAAAAGGAAUUCAAACCGGUGGCUACAAGGAAUAUACAGGAAAGAUCAGUAAGCGUGAUUGAAAAGAAUGAGGAAAUCUCGAAAGGUCGUACAGAAAGUGAGCCAAUAGAAGAAGUGAAGCAUAAAUUAAAUGAAGUUUCAGUCUUACAAAAUAAUGCAAAUGAAAGUGACCAAUCAUCCUUUCAGACUAAGGAGCUGUUCCAAGUUCCAGAUGAACUAGGAAAUACGAAGGAACGCGUAUUAGAAGAAUGCGUCCUAGAAAACGGCCUAGUUGAGAAGGAUAAACUUUUAAUAAAUCAUCAGCAAAUUUCGAAAAAAGACUUGGACCCUGAAUGCAAUGAGACCGUUUCGCGUGAAGCAAUAAGCCAUGUAUCUAAAAUCCAAAAUGAUUACAAAAUUAAAUCAGAACUGGAAACGGUAACGGGCGCUAAAGAACCUUCAAAGGAAGUGAAAGAGGAAACAGUUAAAUCGAAAUGUUUAAUUGACCCUUUUGCAGAAAAAGCCAACGAAAAAAAUAACAAGCCAGAAGGGCUUAUUAAAACCUUGCUUCAACAUGAUCCACCUAAAAAUAAAUCAAAUAGCGAAACGAAUACAGUCUGUCUUGAAAUGAAUAGUGGGCAAUCCAAAGGCGCAAGUACAUCCCAAAUCUUACUUUUCGCAGACAAUAAAAAAUCGACAGAGAUUGAUGUUAAAUCAAGAACGGUUGAUGCUGGUCAGGAAGUUUCAGUACCUAAGCCGUCUACGUUAUUAAAUCGAAAGCGACGUCUUAAUGACUCUCAGUCCGCUCUAAGAAACUCCACCUCCGAAAGCGAAGUGCAGGAAGAGGAACCGCAAGAUGACAAUCCAACCCUAAAUGAUCUAGAUGUGGGCGGCAAGCGCAUUAAAAUGAGACCGAAGACCACUAACGCGGAGGCCAGACGAAAGGUCGAGGCUCAAAAAUCGCAUAUAGAUGAAACUACUUCGUCCAGCGGAGAGGACGACGCGCGCAUUCGGCGCAAGUGUAUAGCUCCUCACACUAAACUAAAGCCGACUCUGGAGGAAAUUAUCGAAAGAAAGUUAAAGAAAACUACAGAGAAGGAUUUGCCGGAAACAACGCUUGGAAAAGAAAUGGAGAAGUCAACGCAUCGGCCCCAGGAAACUAGAGAAGCUACACCUUCCAUCAGCUCCUUAAGUCCGCAAAGAAAAACACCGAUAACCAAGCCCCUAAAGAAAAAUCUCCUGACUCAACUGCAACAGGCGGAGAAUGAAGAAGAGCCCACACCAAGAAAACGAACAAACAGUGAGACCCUUGUGCCUGCAGUUCCAUCUCCUAGCUCCAUUGGUCAUCCGGACGAUCGUCAUCGGAAGCGUCGUAGCAGUGAGGAUGCAAAUGAGUCGUUUUCUAAGGAAUCCUCCCCUACUGAAGUAUCUCCGUUAGCCGUUAGCGAGAAGUUGAAGCGCAACAACGAGCACGACAUACAAGAGGAGGUCGAGGAUCCUCUUGCACUGUCUGCAAAGGAUUUAUCACCUUUAGUUAAAGAUCAAUCGCCUGCACCGGAGGGAUCUGCUCGUCGUUCUGGACGCAGAGGUGGAGCUGCUGUCACUCACUCCGAGCUUCCUCAGCCAAAAAGGACUCGAGGUGGAGCCAGGGAUAAAAUGCAGGCAGAGGUUAAUGCUGAGCUGCAGCAGGAAUCCGAAGAUGAUGAGAAAACUUUACAAAUUGUUGCCAAACUAAAAUCUGAACCUAAAGACGAUCCAGUCCCAGAAAAUCCAGAAAAAGAAGAAGAUCACAUCGAGGAGCCAAAGCCAAAGGUGGGUCGUGGUCGUGGGCCGAGAAAAAAGCGUGAUGUGGAUACUACCAAUAUCAUCGAGACGAACGACUCGGAGACACCUGUGCGCCAAUCUAGGCGCAUUGCCCAACAGAAGAUCAAAGAGGAAGCUGAAAGGCGAAAGCAAGAGGAGGUUGCUCUUCGUACCAUGAAACAAGAGCUUAAGAAAAAGAAGAAAGCCGAAAAGGAAGCAGAUCCUACUGUGCUAGAGCCCUCAGGAGAGGAAUCAGAAUCUGAGGCUAGCGCGGCGGAGGAGGAGGCCCGUAAUAAGAAGAAAAAGAAGUGUCCUGGCAAGGAUGGUUGGUCCUCCGAUUCAGAAGAACAGCCUGAGAGCGAGGAGGAAGAGGAGGAGCCACCUCACUAUGAAACAGAUCCCGGUUCGCCACUCUUCCGGUCCGAUCACGAAUUUUCGCCAGAAUCGGAGCUUGAAGAUGAGUCUCAGGUGGUACCAAUGAAAAGGGCGCGCACCGUACGGAAGGAGAACGCUGAUGACCAAGAGGAGGAGGAUGCGGAGGAAGCGUGUCAGAAGUGCGGCAAGUCUGACCAUCCCGAGUGGAUUUUACUCUGCGACACGCUCGCCUGUAACAAAGGGUACCACUGCUCCUGCCUCUCACCAGUGCUCUUCUACAUUCCUGAGGGCGAUUGGCACUGUCCUCCUUGUCAGCAGGAGCAGCUCAUAACUGCCCUGGAGAGACAGCUGCAGCAGUACGACACAUUGGUAGCUCAAAAGCAACAGGAGCGCAUCUGGGCCGAAGAGCAAGCCGAGCGAGAGCGGCAGGAACUAGAAGCUGCCACGAUGGCGGCGAAAGACGAAAACUUCAAGACAGAAAAUGAAGAGGACGAAGACGAUAAGGAUGAUAAGGAGGUCAAGGCUGAAAAGGUAAAGAGGCGUCGCGGAGAUGGACGCAGUAAUAGGCGAGCUGCCAAGCGUGGCACCAGGCGCCGUCGUGGAAACGAAUCCGACUCCAGUCACGGCAACUCAUUAGGCAGUGGCUCUAGAUCUGGAUCUGACUCAAGUAGCGACAAUAGCACUAGCUUUUCUGACUCGGACGAUGAACCCAUAUACAAGUUGCGUAAGCGGCGGCAGAUCAAUGUGAGCUAUAGGCUUAACGAGUAUGACGACCUCAUUAAUUCGGCCUUAAAAAAGGAAAUGGAUGAGGUUGCCGGAGCAGGUAAUCUGGGCCGCGGCAAGGACAUAUCCACCAUUAUUGAGGCGGAUAAGGAAAAGGCACGGCGCGAUGAUCUGCCUGCGGAGAGAGAAGUGGAGGAAAAGGAAGACGGUGAGAAGGAGAAACGGAAAGCAAAAUCAAGUGGCACUAGUCCGUCGUCGUCAGAAGACGAAGUACCCCUCAAACGUAGCAAUAAGUUUAAACAACCGCCUGCCAAAAAGAAGGCUCGAAAACUCACCACCCUGGACGUUAGUAGCGAGGAAGAUCAUGGUAGCGAUGAAGAUUUUAAAACAUCUAGUUACUCUGAUGAAGAUACUUCACAGUCCGGAUCUGGAGACUCAGACUCAAGCUUGGAGGUAUACAGGCGUCCCGGUCGAGGAAAAAAGCAGAGAAAGGCUGCCAGGAGAGCGGCACGUGAAAGGCGUAAGGAUAGAAAGUUUGUUGUUGAAGAGAGCGACGAAAGCGAGGACGAAGAUAAAAAGCGACGGCCUACAAAGGCAAAAAAAAAGAAGGACGAUUCUGAAUAUACAGAAACGGAUACGGAAGAUGACGACGAGAAUGAGUUGUCCGAUAACGUAGACAGCGCCGAUUUGUGUGACGACACCACUUCUGAGAGCGAAGAUGGUGCCUGGAAUCCUUCCUCAAAAAAGAAGAAGACGGUGGCUGCUAAGAAGACGAAUUCGUCGGAUGGCAUUGCCAGAAAGUCACCCAAACUAAAGAAGCUAGCCACCCAGGCAGGAAAAAAUGUCAAGCGCUUGGAGUACUCUGACGACGACAUAAGCGAGAGCGAAUUGGAAGAGGAUGAUGACGAGGAAGAUGAAGAGGGUGCACCAUUGUCGGGAAAAGGCUCCGGCAAACAACCUCGCUCCCAGCCUCUUAAACCAACUGGAUCCACAAGCCUACCAGGCAAGGGAAAAGGAAAAAGCAAGGCCAAAAAGAAAAAACCGUUGUCCUCUGAAGAAGAGGACGGAGCCGCUUCCGACGAUCGGACUCGUACCCGUGGGCGCCGAUACGCCUAUAUUCAGGACGACGACGACAGCUCUGACGGCGGCAUUAAACCAGGCGUUCAUCGGCCGGAUACGCCACCUGAGGAGCGUCAAAAAUUCAUCCAGCGGCAGGAGGAGAUAAAGCGUAUGCUCGCAGAGAAGAAUGCAGAGGGUGCAAAGCUUGUCGCUACUCCACGUCUCACGCCCCUUAAACCUGGAGUCUCUGCACCGGAAAAGCGCACACCUGGCAAGGCAGCAGGCGGUGAUUCGCUUUCCACGGUUCCGCUCUCAGUGAUUCGGCAGGCCAAGGUGCUGGACAUCGACUACCUGCAACGCAAAGGGGAGACCAUCGGAGAUCUAGAUGAUGUGGACGAGUCGGAGCUAGACGACGCUGAGCUGCCCGACGACUUGCCCGAGGACAUGGAGGACGCGAUUGCACGAAUGGUAGAGGAGGAAGAACAGUUCAGCGCGGCAGUGGCAGCUCGUGAGUUACCUGGAGCAGAGGAUGUCCUGCGCGCUACGCCUUCCAAGUCCAAGCAAACUAGUAGGGUGUUGCCUGAGAGUCUAGCGCAAAACUCCGCGCCUGGUACUUCUGGCUUGCAGGAACCACACCGAAAGCGCCUUCCCAUGCCCACCAUGCAUCCGCCGCUUCUGCGCCAUCAGUUUCCAAUCUCCGCAAGCCCGUCGCAUUCUCCCGCAUCUUUGGUUCGCCCUCACGCACCUCUCGGUAUGCAUCCUAUGCUGCAAAGACACCUUUCGCAGACUGUUCACCCACCACAGGCCAUGCAUCUCCUGCAAAAUGCCCUAUCCGCUCCUCUUGGUCAGCCGCUCGGAUGUGGUAAUUACGGUACUGGCCUUAAUUCCGCCCAACACCUGCCUCUGGUCAUGUCUAUGCCUUCGGCUGCGGCAGCAGCUGCCCAUCUUAUGCAAUCGCCGGUCGCCUCUGCUACAGCGCGUCCAGCCGAUACAGUCUCUGGAAGCCCAGCGCCUGAUCCGAAACCAAGGGGUAGACGGAAAAAGGUUACACCUCUCAGGGAUCAGUUGCAGAAGCAACAAACGGCGGCCGCUGUUACGGCGGCUACUUCCUCAACUACACCGGGAUCAGCCCCCUCGGAUAAGGCGAAGGCUCAGCCGCUCUUUAAGCCGCACGAGGAUGCUGCACCUAUCGCUCCUGCUUCCCAAGCCUCUGUGAUUACCCGGAUGCCGCCGCACCUUCCUUCGGCGCAUGGACGAUGUCAUGGACCGCCCGGUGGUAUAUAUCCAAACAGUGCGGAACUGGCCCGAUUUUAUGGCCAAGUGGCUAGCCAGCAGCCCAUCCCCGCCGUCACAGGGUCCCGUUCCCCUUCUUCGUCUUCAGGAACUCCUAGACACCUUUUGCGACCGCAAAUGCCACCUGGUUUGCAUCCGCCGCACGCAUCCCUGCGACCCACAUACGGACCACCGCCUCCACUUCGAGGAUCUGGGUCACCGACUUCCCCUCCAAGUACUACGUCCAACUCAAGGCCGGCCUACCUUCACGGAGUCGAACAUCACGGUGGACCCUCUGGCCCCCCAAUGGGAGGAGUCUUUAGUUCAGGGCCGCCACCAGCGAGACAUUCGUCGCCCCUCUUGAGCCCCUACAGAGCGCCGCCCAUUUACGGCAAUCCGAAUUACUCGCCUCGUAUCGGUGGAGCUCCAGGAACUGGAGGUAUGCGACCUGGAUCUGUGGACUUUAUUGCUGGACCACGUGGAUAUUCCCCAUAUGGCUAUUAUCCCCCGCCCCCACCGUUGUCCACAGCAUCUGCCCACGCAGCGACACAUUCUGUAAUUGUAAGUGCUCCGCCCACACUGACGCCAACGAAUCACUCGGUUUCCAAUCUGACGCAUGGAAAGACUCUUCCUCAAUCAUCCCCAACACAGUCUUCAGGCCCACCACCCGCUGCAGCGCCGGCACCCACAAUAACCAGCGAAAACAGCAGCCACAAGCCACCAAUGGCUUCUGUGAUAACCAGCAAAAAGCUAACCACUCUGGAGGCGUAUCCCAUCAGGAAGUCUCCGAUUGCUGUUGUGGCCGAGGUAACGGAUCCGGCAGAACCUACCAGUUCACCGGCACCCAUAGCCGAGGAAGACUCAGGAUCAGCCCAUGACACGAGAGCUCCACCAUCCGCAACAGGAGCAGCAGUAGUGGGAGAGUUCAGUGGGCUGGUAAGCUACUUUAGCUCGCAACAGGAUGAUUAUGACACAUAACAAACGCCGUCGGGCGAAUUAUUGAAAUAUGUAUAUAUAGAUCGGCUUGUAAAGUUACAAAUCUAUUUUAUUUUAGGGGUAGAAAUCAAUCUUGGCAAAACUUUACCAAUAGAAGCUUUGUGUGCAAACUAUAAUAAAACACACACACAACAACCUGA